UUGAAUGUAUUUAUUAUAUUUAACUAGCUAGCGGCAACCGGAAGCCGAGAUGCGCAGGGAAACAAACGUCGAUUGUUGAUGACGUUUAGACACAGUCACACGAGGGCUGUAGGCAGUUAUACAAGUCAGCUGUUGUAUUUUUAAAAACAAAACAUGGGGAAACGGAAGACAAAGAAGUUUGCAUCAAUGAAGAGAAUGAUAAGCUUGAAAGAUCAGAGAAUAAACGAGAAAGAUCGUGCCAAAGUACAAGAGACAAAGAAAAAGGAUCCAUCGGAAAUAAAGGAAAAAGAAGUUCCAAAAUAUCCAUCGUGCCUGUUCUUCCAGUACAACACUCAGCUUGGUCCCCCUUAUCACAUCCUGGUCGACACCAAUUUCAUUAACUUCUCCAUCAAGGCUAAACUGGACAUAGUUCAGUCAAUGAUGGACUGCCUGUAUGCCAAGUGUAUCCCAUGCAUCACAGACUGUGUAAUGGCUGAGAUAGAGAAACUGGGGAUGAAGUAUAGAGUAGCUCUGAGGAUAGCCAAGGAUCCUCGGUUCGAACGACUGCCAUGCACCCACAAAGGAACAUACGCUGAUGACUGCUUAGUUCAAAGGGUAACCCAGCAUAAGUGCUACAUCCUGGCAACUGUGGACAGGGACCUGAAGAGAAGGAUCAGAAAGAUCCCAGGAGUACCCAUCAUGUACAUCUCCAACCAUAGGUUCAACAUUGAAAGAAUGCCUGAUGACUAUGGUGCUCCAAGAUUCUAAUAUUCAGUUGAUGGAAUUGAAAUUCUAGUUGGACUGUGGCUUUUGUCGAGGAGGUUUUGAUUUGUUUACCUGCUCAUUGUAUAUUGUUAAAGGACUUAAGUUUAUGCUCUACAUUUUUAACAGAAAUGGAUGACAGAGUAAUAAUUUUGCAAAUUUAAUGACUGGUGUAUUUCUUACUAUUCCCAAAACUGUUUUUCACUUUGUUCCAUAAAAGUACAAAUGCAUUCUGUCAAGGUGUGAAAAUUGAAAUAAAUUAAUGGAAGAAUAGUC